UGAACCCGCCGACUUCGAGAAGGCUAUGGACACAGCAGGUUUCGGGAUUUUUAAUUUUGUUUUGCUUCUCGUUGGAGUAUUUGGGGCGCUGGCUACUGUCUUUGAAACUUCCACAAUGUCCUUCAUUCUUCCGGUUGCCGAGUGUGAUCUUGAGAUGACUCUGAGAGAUAAAGGCUUGCUGAAUGCAGCAACCUAUGCUGGAAUGACCACGUCAGCAAUCAUUUGGGGCUAUCUGGCAGAUACAUUGGGGAGGAGAAAAGUUUUGAUUUUCGGUUACUUAGCUGAUGCUAUUUGUGUGUUUAGUAGCUCAUUGACACAAAACUUUCAAAUGCUCGUUGCCUUCAAGUUUUUAGGUGGCUUUAUUGUUAAUGGACCCGGCGCUGUACUUUUUACGUAUUUAACCGAGUUGCAUCCUGCCAAACAACGACCACGAGUGCUCAUGAUUUUGGGUAUGAUAAAUUCGUUGGCAACGCUAGCUUUACCAUUAAUAGCAUGGGCCAUAUUUCCAAGACCUUGGAAUUUUCUAUUGUUCGAUAGUCUACAAGUGUACUCUUGGCAAAUAUUCUUGGCCGUGUGCGGGUUACCAAGUUUGAUUGGUGGACUUAGCUUCAUUUUCUUACCAGAGAGCCCCAAGUUUCUUAUGUCUCAAGGGAGAAAUGCUGAAGCUCUACAUUCAUUUCAAAAGAUUUAUGCCCUUAAUCAGAGAGUUCCUAUGCAUACCUAUCCUAUUAAGCAGCUGGUUGAGGAAGUACCGAAUCGUGGUUCCAAUGUCAAUGAGCAUGUAUUCACAGUGGAGAAUAAACCGGUUAAGCCGAAAUUUAAGCGUGAACCAAGAACAUUUACGCAAGCUGUCCGUGAUGGUAUGAUUCAGAUCAAGCCCAUGUUCAAGAAACCUCUAUUCGGGCAUUCGCUUCACGCGUACGCAAUGCAGUUUUUAAUUUUGCUUGGCUUAAAUACCAUUCGACUUUGGCUACCGCAAUUAUUCGCAUCAAUUGGAGAAUACGAAGCUCUGGAGACCUCUAAAACAGAAUCAGCGAAUCUUUGUACAAUUCUAGAGUAUAGUGUAAAUAAAACAGCUGUGGUAACCGACUUCGAGGAGAAAUGCAGUGAACGUCCGGAUAUUUCUAUGGAUGUAUACAUAAAUAAUAUAAUAGUUUCAAUAACCGGUUUGGUCGGAUAUUGUUUUGCCGGAAUGAUUGUGAAAGCAUUGGGAGCAAAACGGCUACUAACGUUUGGACUUCUAAUAUCUGGUUGCCUUGGCAUUGGACUUUAUUGGUCUGCAAGUGGUCUUUCUACGCUAAUUAUAUCAUCAGCGUUUGUGACGAUUUGCAGUGUAUCGACAUCGUCCCUUAUGGGUAUUGUAAUUGCCCUAUUUCCAACUUCUCUGCGAUCGCUAGUAGUAGCAACAGCCAUGAUGUUUGGACGUUUAGGAGCUUUGUCUGGAAAUUUGGUCUUCCCUAUUUUCAUGGAAAUGGGUUGCAUACAACCGUUCUUGAUGGUCGGUCUGGUAUUGCUUGUUGGCAGUGCUUUAUCUCUCAUUUUGCCAAGCGGGACACAAUUUAAUCUUACAUAAAAAGGAAAGGAUUGUGGGAGUUAAAAUGUAAACGUUGUUUGUAUGUUACUUUUAUAUACGUACGUACAUAUGUAUGUACAGGUGAUAAUUUAAUAGCCACUUGGGAAAUGCAGUCGUUGAAUGCAGUUUCUUUUUAUCUCGAUAGUUUUACUCAUAUUAAUAUAUACAUUUAUGUAGGUACGCAUGUAAAUGUGCUCAAGCAACUGUAAAGAGUGUUUGAAUAUAAUUCUAUGUGCAUGUGGUUUUAAGUACUUAAGUCCGAUAUGGUUAUUUAUUUGGUAAGAUUAGCAAAGCUUGUGUAAUGAUUUAUAAUUUAUAUUACAAUGUGAAU